AUGAAGGUGCUGGACAUCUUGUACUCCAUAUCGCUCCUCUCCGCCCUCUCUACUCUUUCUUUCGCAGCCCCUCUCCCCGAAUCUCCCACCCUCGCCGAUUCUACCUCCAUCUCCCACCUCGCCUCCAAUGCAUCUCCCCGGGCACUCCCGGACGGGGUCGAGCUCGUCUCUCUGGCCACCCUUCAGACGAUGGAGAGACGCAUGGUCUUCACGGGGCAUGCAGCCGGUGACGGUAACGGGCACGUCAAGCGAGAAUUUCAUCCUGUCGGACGACCUGAUGCUGCAGACCACGUCAGUAGCGAGGGACAGAUUCAGCACUUGGCCAAGCGAAAGAAGAAGACGAAGACUAAUUUCAAGACGACCACAACCAUCGCAGCGGCAGCCGCUACAGAAGCAGCCAGCCAGGGAUUAAAGCUGGCGAUGGUUUACGAGUCCAUCACCAGUCAAAAGACGUCGGUUGGUACUAUUACUGAAAAGUGUCUGACUCCCCUCAACGAUCCCUCGCAACAAUUCUGUCAGACUCUUCUCGACGGCCAGUCGCUGGGCGGUGGUGAUGCUGGCCUCACCGGAUCCACCGGGUCUUCCAAUUCUUCUUCGUCGUCUGCUGUUUCUUCAAGAAGCUCAAGUUCAGUCGCUUCUUCAUCUUCAAGCGCUGUGGCCUCUUCGUCAAGCUCGACCACGGCGUCUGUUGCGUCUUCUAGCGCGGCCGUCUCAUCCUCUUCCGCGGUAGCAUCUGCUGACAUUGCUUCAUCGACCAAAGCCGCCGCUGCUAGUAUAAGCUCAAGCAGCUCUGCCGAUACUGCCACUGCCUCUAUCAGCUCUGAUUCUGCUUCUGUGACAGAAUCAAGUACGAGCUCUGUGGAUGUCACCGCUGCGUCCGAUGGGGUCAGUACAAGCUCUGUCUCUUCUGCUGCCCUUGCUGCUGCAAGCGGUGCUGAUCAAGUCACUGCUAUUGGUGCAGUCAGCACUACCGACGUCCCCGGUCAAAACCUACAAGUCCUCCCCAUCGGUCUCGGUAUCUUUGGAGGUCUCGCUGCAAUAACCCUCAUAGUGGUCGGCUACGUGACUUGGCAGCGACGCAGGUUCAAGCAACAGUUUAGGAGCAGAAAGCUCGCGGAGAAGGCGGCGCCUCCGGGUAUGGCUUAG